AUGCUGCCAUCCUAUGAACGAAGCACUGGACGGAUCGGUAGUCUACAUGAAUUUCAGCAACGUGCUGCUCGCUAUAGCUUGAAUGGGCCCGGUAACGGUGAGGUUAGUUCUAUUGCUGGUUUACUGACAGACGAGAUCGCCACCGAACUCGAAGUUGCAUGCAAUCGCGAUGAAAGUGAUGGAUCCGACUAUCUCGAGACUUUUCGGGACUAUGGCGGUAGGAAGUCAAUUUCAGGCGUAUCUCUCUUUGGAGGAGAGAGAAGUCGAGCUCAUAACAAAUUACGAUACUAUCGACGUCAGUUGAAGGCAAACAGUUUUCUUAUAUUGCUAGGUGUCAUCGGGGGACCAAUGAUAUACGGUAUUCGAGUGCUGUACAAUUACCUCAUCGAAUUACGAGAAACACUUGUGGGCCUGGCCCCAAAUUACACACUUAAACUUAUUGUUUGGAUUGCUCACACUCUCAUCUUUUCAAGUCUUGGGCUUUUCUUCACUCAGCUCGCACCAGUUGCUGCUGGUUCUGGAGUCUCACAAAUGAAAUCGAUUCUGACCGGGAUUGAUCCACGAAUGUACCUGCCUGGAUAUUUUGACUUUUCAACUUUUCUUGUAAAAGUUGCCGGCUUGGUGUGCGCUGUUGGUGCAGGAUUAAUUGUAGGAACUGAGGGAGCUUUCGUUCACAUCAUGUCCAGCGUCACGCACCACUUGCUAAAGAUGCCUAUAUUUAAAGGAUUUAGUGUGCACCUUAAUGGCCGACUUCAAUUACUGGCUGCAGCCUGUGCUGUAGGCGUAUCUUCACUGUUUUCGUCACCGAUCGGAGGUGUUCUCUUUAGCAUGGAGGUGACGUCCACCUACUAUCUCAUGUCAAAUUACAUCAAAGCGUUUAUAAGUGCCGUAUCAGGAGCAGUGAUGCUACGCUUGACACUUGUGCUGGCUAAUAGUGAAGCCAAUCUUGCGACACAAGCAGUGUUGAAAACGCACUUUCCUAUCCGUCCGUUUACAAUUUGGGAGAUCCCUUUGUAUAUUUUGCUUGGCAUGAUCUUGGGUCUGCUCUCCACUGCCAUGAUGUGGUUUCUGCGCAAAAUUGCCGAGCGAAGGAGUGCAUUUCGAAAGUCUUCCCAACGAUGGAAAUACUUUUUUGUUACCUGGAUCGAUCCAUUCGUUGUGUCGGUACUUACUGCUGUGCUUACAUACGUUCCUGGUGAAUAUACAAGAGCAAAUUCGAUGGACGACCUCGCCAUUUUGUUUACGGAUGGCGAACUUCCACCGGCUUGGCAAGUGAUCUCCAAGUACUACGCACUUUCCGUUUUAUCCGCGGUGUUCAUGUUCCUACUGCCAUUGUGCAUCACACUCAAGAUUCCUACUGGCAUUUGGGUGCCAACCUUUCUCGCCGGUGCUGCAUUUGGCCGCAUGUUUGGAGAGUUUGUCGCACAGAUUUUUCCCGAACUCAAUGUCAUUCCCGGUACUUACGCAUUAGCUGGAGCUGCGGCAUUCGGCACCGCAGCCACUCGAGCAAUUUCGGUUGCAGUUAUAACCUUGGAAAUUACUGCGGCGAUGUCCAUGAUUCUUCCGCUUUUUUGUGCAUCUCUUGCUGCGAUGGCAGUUUCUAGCUUGGGUCGGGAAAAGUCCGUGUAUGACACCCUGUUGAUUGUUAAUGGAAUGCCUUUUCUGCCACUUGUCGAUCUUGAUUCGACGGCGACGGCAGGUGAUGUUGCAGAGCCGUGCUUAGUUUACAUUACGAAACGCACGACCAUCGCCCGAAUUUUGCUCGCGCUCCAAAGACUGCCACACCACGAGAUACCAGUUGUUGAUACUGAAGCAAGGAUGAUCUUGCUCGGCGUGGUGAGCGGUUCUCAGCUGCGAAGGUUUGUGAGAAAUUACUAUGAGUUGAACGGCUUAACUGGAGCAGACAUGGAUUUGGGUGAAACUAUUCAGAAAAAUACGCCGUUGCUUUCUUGGGCCACACUGAAGGAUAAAUUUACACUGAAUACGCAAACUGAUAAUACAGGUGGCUUUAAUGGCAUGGGAUCGUUCGAUAUUACGUACAAUGCUUUAUCAACUCAGAGACCACAUCUGAUUGGAAAUGGACGUGGCAAUGUUCCGUUCCUAAUGGACGACGAAAAAAUGUUAGGGCUGCUAAACGAAGGUUGGGACAGUGCCAAGGCCGAGAAAUUGAACGCUGCCGUGAAAAUCACUGAGGGGCGUAUAUGCGUUAUCCGUCCUAUGGCUAUGACCAUCUCAAGUAAUACGCCAUUAGAUGAUCUUCAUAUGAUUUUUACAAUGCUGCGUUGCGAUCACUGUUUCGUAUUGAGGCGCGUCUUGACCUUCGAUGAGAAUAUAAUAACCAAGCCUACAGAGAAACAGAGAACGGAACAGAUUGGAAACCAAUACGAAAGAAAUGAUGCCAUGCAUUUGCUAGUCAGAGUUCUGUUAUCAUGGAUGAUAAAACGAAUAAAUACUUGUAAUUAA